AUGACGGAUAAAACUGAAUUUUGCAUCAGAAGAAUCUGGAAAAGCAGGAUCAGUAGAGCCUGGGAUAAGGUGCUGUUCUCUUGUUUAGUUCGAGAUGUCUACGAUUACUUCCGGGCUGUUCUGCAGCGGGAUGAGAGGAGCGAAAGAGCUUUCAAGCUGACAGCAGAUGCCAUUGAGUUAAACGCUGCAAACUACACAGUAUGGCAUUUCCGGAGAGUCCUCCUGCAGUCUUUGGGAAAAGAUCUCCAUGAGGAACUUAAGUAUAUUACAGCUAUCAUUGAAGAUCAGCCAAAGAACUACCAAGUCUGGCAUCACAGACGGGUGUUGGUGGAGUGGCUGCAGGAUCCAUCCCAAGAGCUUGAGUUCAUAGCUGACAUUCUUAACCAAGAUGCCAAAAAUUACCAUGCAUGGCAACACAGACAGUGGGUUAUUCAGGAGUUCAAAUUAUGGGACAAUGAACUGGAAUAUGUAGACCAGCUUUUGAGAGAAGAUGUGAGAAACAACUCUGUUUGGAACCAACGACACUUUGUCAUUUUCAACACCACUGGCUAUGAUGAUCCAGCAGUCCUAGACAGAGAAGUCCGGUACACUCUUGAGAUGCUCAAAGCAGUGCCACAUAACGAGAGUGCUUGGAACUAUUUAAAAGGGAUUCUGCAGGAUCGUGGUCUUUCUAAGUAUCCAAAUCUGUUGGAGGAGCUGUUGAAUUUGCAGCCCAGUCACAGUUCACCCUAUCUGAUUGCUUUCCUUGUGGACAUAUAUGAAGAUAUGCUUGAAAACCAGUGUGAUAACAAGGAAGAAACACUGAACAAGGCAUUGGAGUUGUGUGAAAUUCUGGCUAAAGAAAAAGACACCAUUCGAAAGGAAUACUGGAGAUACAUUGGGAGGUCCCUUAAGAGCAAGCACAGUUCAGGCACUGAACAGACCAGCACACUGACAGAUAAGCCGCAGUAACUGCAUGUGGGAGAAAACAGUGCAGUGUUAAGCUCUCAAGCCAUUCUAAAGCAAUACUAAGUAGAGUCAUCAACUAGUUUAAAAUCCAGUGGAGUGUUACCCCAGUGAGGAGAUGUUGCAAUGAAAGAGGAGUGCAGAGUGCUGUAUUGUCCUGGUUCACUGCUGCUUCUGGUGAUAGCUCUUGAUGCAAUCAAGAAAUCACAGAAUAUGCUAAGUUGGAAGGGACCCACAAAAAUUAUCAAGUCCACGUCUUAGCCCUGCACAGGACCAUCCCCGAGAGUAACAUCAUGUACCUAAGAGUAUCAUCCAAAUGCUUUUUGAACUCUGUCAGGCUUGGUGCUGGGACCACUGCCCUGGGGAGCCUGUUCAGUGCUCAACCACCCACUGGGUGAAGAAUCUUUGUCUAAUAUCCAACCUACACUUCCCCUGGCACAAGUUCAGGCCAUUCCCUCAUGUUCUGUCACUGGUCAUCCCAGAGAAGUGUGACCACUGACAGCAUUGUCUUUCAGGUGUUCUUCAGUACCUCCAAGAGUAAUCUUCCAGUACUUGCUGGUAAACCGGUAGUUUCUGGGGUCCUGAUUUUUGUCCUCCUUGAAAAUCAGGACAACUUUUGCCCCCUUCCAGUGCAAUGUGACCUCUUCAGGCUACCAAGACCUCUCAAAAAACAUUGAGAAAGGUUUUGUGAUGAUAUCAGCCAGCUCUUUAAGCGUUCUGGGAUGAAUCCCAUCAGGCCCUGUAGAUUUGUAAGGAUCCAGCUGGAGCAGCAGAUCCCACACAAUUUCAGGGUUGAGUAGGAGUUGAUGUUGAUCAUUCUGGCAGUAAAUGGUCCUCCAGCUCAGGGCACUGAGACCCCCUUGGUGCAUCAUCCCUGUUGAAGACAGAGGCAAAGAAAGAGUUAAACUCCUCUGCCUUGUCUCUGUCCCUGUUUGUGAGGUGACCAUCCUCAUCCUGUAAUGGGCUGAUGGUAUUUCUAUGCUGCCUUUCUCCAUUAAUAUAUUGGAAAAAACUCUUUUUAUUGUCCCUCACAUUUCUGGCACCUUCAACCCCAGCUGAGCUUUGGCCUCACAGAUUUUCUCCCUGCAGCGGCGAGGAGCAUCUCUGAAUUCUUCCCAUGUCACUUAACCUUGCUUCCAUUGGGCAUAGACUUUCCACUUUUGCCUUAUUUCCAAGAGAAGAUCCCUGCUGAGCCAGGCUGGCCUUCUGCCUCAGCUGCUUGACUUCCAGCAUUUGGGAAUUGCUGCUCCUGUGCCCUCAGGAGGUGAUGUUUGAAAAGUGACCGGCACUGAUGGACCCAGCACCUGCAAAAACAUUUUCCCAGGGGACCUUACUUCCUAAUUCCCCAAGCAGCCUGAAGUCUGCUCUCCUCAUGUGCAGAGCUGAGGUUUCACUGGCACUUUUCCUGCUGCCAGUGGAGAUUUUAAACUCGCUGACUUCAUGGUCGCUGUGGCCAAGAGACCACCAGUGUCCACUUCGCUCACGAGAUCCACUCUGUUGACAAGCAGAUGAUCAAGGAGGGCAUCUUUCCGAGUCAGCUCCCUCAUGACCUGUUCCAUAAAGUUGUCCAGGUUUCUGUAGGAAUCUUUUAGCCCAGCUUGUAUCAAGGCUUAAUUACUGAAAUGCACCAAGUAAAGGUUUUAGUUCCUAACUGAAAAUACAUAAAGCUGUACCUACUAUUUGAGCAGUACUCAGUUAACGGUUGGACUUGAUAUUAAAGGUUUUAUCCAAAAUAAACUAUUCUGUGAUUCUGUGAGGCAUAUAACAAUUUCUCAUGUCCUGGCUUACCUACUUGUAGUUCCUAACACUGUCUCAUCAGAUGCAGUAAUGACUGCAGUUAAUUUAGCUGUAGUGGAUGUAAAGUAACAUGGUUAGUGCAAGCAGGCUCUGCAGUUGUUCCCUUAUGUGGGAGCAGCUGUGCAACACUGUCAGCAUAUGCUAUUAUAUGCAACUAACUCCAAGUGUAAUUUUGUAAUAAAAACAUAACUUAAAGCAUU